AUGGCGGAAGCGGUUCUGUUCAAUGUGGCCCAAGGAAUCCUCAAAUAUCUCGGCUCCAAAGCGUUGGAAGAGAUCGCACUGCAAUGGAAAAUCGGAGACGACAUCAAGAAGCUCACCGACACAGUCUCCGCCAUCAAAUCCGUUCUGCUCGAUGCCGAGGAGAAAUCCUACUCCCCCAAAAGUCACCAGCUCCGCCUCUGGCUAAGGGAGCUCCGGGAAGCCGCUUACGACGCUGAGGACUUGCUCGACGAUUUCUCCACCGAUGUUCUCCGGCGACAGGGAAUUGUCAACGCCGGCGACCGAAUCUCCAAAGAGGUACUCGAUUUCUUUUCCAGCUCCAACCAGCUCGCUUACCGCUCCAGAAUCUGCCAUGGGAUCCUAGACCUUAGGGAAAAGCUGGAUGGGAUCUGUGAGAGAAGGAAUCUGUUCCAAUUGGAAGAACGUUCAGCCGCCGACGCCGACGCCAAGCGCAAAGGAAGAGAACAAACCCAUUCCGAUGUCCCGGAGGUGGUCGUCGGGCGAGAAGCUGACAAAGAGCGAAUCGUCGAGCUUUUGCUGUCGUGUGAUGAUCAUAACAGGGUCUCUGUAGUUCCCAUUGUUGGGAUCGGAGGUUUGGGGAAGACUACUUUGGCUCAACUAGCUUACAAUGACGAGCGAGUCGACUCGCAUUUCGAGGUCAAAGUUUGGGUGUGCAUUUCAGAGAAUUUUGACGUCAAGCUGAUCGUGAGGAAGAUCAUAGAGUGCUGCACUGAUUAUAAGCCAGACGCAGAUCUCGAAAUGGAAACUCUGAAGAAACUUCUCCGUGAAGGUAUCGAGGGUAAUAAGUAUCUGAUCGUGUUGGACGAUGUGUGGAACGAGAAUAGGGAGAAAUGGAGCCGGCUGAUGAGCUUGUUGAUGUGUGGCGCGAAAGGUAGCCGCGUGGUGCUGACCACGCGGCUACUGAAGGUCGCGAAGCUGGAUGCCAGGAUGCGACCGUACGAGCUGAAGGGUUUGAGUGAGGGAGAGGGUUGGGGUUUGUUCAGAGAGAUCGCGUUUCGGGGAGGGGAAGCGACGAGCGCCAAACACGAGGCGAUCGGAAGGGAGAUACUCGAGAAGUGCAAGGGGGUUCCUCUGGCUAUCAAGACGAUUGCUGGUGCGUUGUCUUUCAGGGAAAGCGAGUCUGAGUGGGCUAUGGUUCGGAGCAAAGGGAUGUGGGGAGUGGAGCAGAAUGAGGAUGAUAUCAUGCCGACUCUGAAGUUGAGUUACGACAACUUGCCUACGCAUUUGAAGCAUUGCUUUGCUUAUUGUAGCUUGUUUCCCAAGGAUCACAAAAUCGACGUGAAAAGGCUGAUACAACUGUGGAUUGCGCAGGGCUAUGUUCAUUCAUCCGAUUUGUUAACUCGGUUUGACGUCGGGAUUAACUAUGUCAAUGAACUGUUGUGGAGGUCGUUUUAUCAAGAGGUAGAGAAGGAUGAUAGGGGAAAUGUUCGGUACUGCAAGAUGCAUGAUCUUAUGCAUGAUUUAGCUGUAGAGGCAGCAGGACAAGGGAGUUUUACCUUCGACAUGUCGUCGAACCCACCAGAUAGCCAUGCCCAAGAGAACAACGUCAAGCCAGAAAGGGUUCGACGACAUGUCUCUCUGGACUUCGAGCGUGUGUUUGCUAGCAGACAUUCAUGGCGGGUUCCAACUUCCGCAGCUGACUCGGAGAAAUGGCGAACACUUAUUUGCGUGAAUCGGAGUUGGUCCAUGCCCGACGUGAUGUUAGGGGAAGGAUGUGAUGAAACCAUCUUGUCCAACAUGACAAAUUUGAGGGUAGUGGACUUCAGUAAUCUCAGCAUCUUCCAACUGCCUCGUAGCAUUCGUAACCUGAAGCAUCUCAAGUACCUUGAUCUUUCUCAUAACUCCAUGGAUGUGCUGCCAGAGGAGGUCACAGAGCUGGUGAACUUGGAAGUGCUCCAAUUGUACGAUUGUAGGAAACUCGAGCGGCUGCCCAAUGACACUGGAAAGCUGUCAAGCCUUGCUCAUCUAGGUCUCAAAGGGUGUCCCAGAUUGGAAUGCAUGCCACUCGGGAUAGGACGAUUGUAUCAUUUGAGAGAGUUGUCCCUUUUCGUAGUCGCUGAAGGAGGCGGAGGAGCUGGGAUUGAGGAAUUGCGCCGACUGAACAAUAUCAGAGGAAAACUGUUGAUCAAGAAUCUGGAGCUUGUGAAGAACCCAUCUGAAGCUGCGGAAGCGGCUAGCUUACUGGACAAGCAAAAUCUAGAGCAUUUGGAGUUGUCGUGGGGGACGUGGAGAGACGGUGAAGGUGAUGUUAAUGGAGAAGGGACGUUACUCGAAGCACUGCGUCCUCCUCGUGGUUUGAAGGUGUUCGAUUUGAGCAUCAAUGCCGGAUCGAAAUGUCCCAUUUGGCUUCCUACUCUAAUCAACUUGGAGAAGAUUAAGAUCAAAAGGUGUCGGAAUUGGAAGAGCCUCCCGCCAGUGGAUCAACUGCCUUUCCUUGCGACACUUGAGGUUUCUGAGUGUGAGUCCUUGGAGUACAUAGAGACAUCAUCUUCAAGGUCUCCAUUUUUCCCAUGUCUCAAGUCUCUAAUGCUAGUAGACUGCCCCAAACUAAAAGGGUGGUCGACAAAGCCAGGGGAACUGUUGCCUCAGUUCCCUUGCGUCUCCCACAUCAAGAUCAAAGAAUGCUACAACAUUACAUAUAUUCCUUGUUCCUCACUGCACCUGGAAAGCCUCACAUUAUUCGACGGAAGCAAAGAAUUGUUGAAUCAGAUCCUCAGGGUUCCACCAUCUCAUUCUUCCGCUCCGCUGCAAUCUUGUUUUAAGCAUCUACUCCUACAACACGUUGAUCUUGACUGCAUGGGGGAAGAGAUCCUCCCGCGACUCUCUUCCCUCCAGACACUCACCAUUUUGAGAUGUUCGGAGCUGAAGACUCUCUCUCCCGCCCUGCCAAACUACUUCACUUCCCUCCAGCGCCUUCACAUUGAACGCUGCUCAAAAUUGGACUUGUGUGACAAUUCUAAUGACACCCUUAUGCUACAACAGCAGCAGCAGGUCGCACUUCACAACCUUACUGAGAUUCGUCUCAAGUCGAUUCUAGCAAUGGCUUCGCUUCCUGACUGGCUGCAAAUGGCACCCAAUUUGCGAGAGUUACGGAUGAAGUAUUGCCAGGUCACCUGUUUCCCAGAUUGGAUGCCCAAACUCACAGAGUUGGAGUCGUUGAUAAUCAGGCAGUACGGAAAAUCUGCACACAAAUGUUUUGUUGAAGAUUGGCCCAACAUUGGUCACAUCCCAGAUGUAGACAUAAACUACUCAUGUAUGCAGGAAAAUGGCAUUUGUCGUAUGAAAGAGACAAGCGAAAGAGAAGAACAAGAGGAAAAAGAGGAGGAAGAAGUUCCCUAUGGCAAUGAAGAAAACGAACAAGUAACAAAAGAGGAAGAUGAAGAGACAUCCAAGCUUGUACAAUUCUUUAGGAAUUGCGCGACAUCUUGCAACAUAUUUGGGCGGUGUUUCCAAUGA